AUGAACGCCCUACGACCCGUGAGCAGUUUCGCAAGAUCUGCUCCCCGUGCCCUGCGAAAGACCAAUCCUCGAACCCGAUUUGCACCAUUCGCCCAGUCGACAAGAUCGAUAUCGAACGAGCCAGAACGACCCGCUCAAGCCUUUGCCGCACAGCCUGUCCAAGAUGAAGCUCCAUCAGGUCGCUCGAUUUCGAAUCCUCAAUUGUCCUUCCCAUGCCUUGACAAUGCCGAGAAUCGCACGCAAGAGUUGAACAAAAAGCGCUCGUUAUCUGGUCCUGAGCCUUCGUACACGACGGGAAAUCACGAGGUGUUCCACUCGUCAGAGCCGUUUCUGCUAGACUGGGGAGGUGUGCUUCCGUCGUUCGACAUUGCGUGGGAGGCUUGGGGCACAUUGAACAAGGACAAAAGCAAUGCGAUCCUCCUGCAUACCGGUCUCUCUGCUAGCAGCCAUGCUCAUAGCACUGAAGCCAAUCCGAAACCAGGAUGGUGGGAGAAGUUCAUUGGCCCUGGUGCGCCUUUGGAUACCAACAAGUAUUUUGUGAUAUGCACGAAUGUACUUGGUGGAUGCUAUGGCAGUACGGGGCCGAGUAGCAUUGACCCCUUGAGUGGACAGCAUUAUGGCACAAGCUUCCCGAUCUUGACCAUGUCAGAUAUGGUUCGUGCUCAAUUCCGGCUCCUUGAUGAAAUGGGCAUCCAGACAUUGUACGCAAGCGUGGGAUGCAGUAUGGGAGGCAUGCAGAGUCUGGCAGCCGGCGUUUUGGAUACCGAACGCGUGGCUCGCAUCGUCUCUGUUUCUGGAUGUGCACGAAGCCAUCCGUACAGUAUUGCUAUGAGACACACUCAGCGUCAGGUUCUGAUGAAUGACCCCAAUUGGGCGAAGACUCGUGGGAACUACUACACCAGUAUCCCACCCCACACUGGUAUGAAGCUUGCUCGUGAGAUCGCUACCAUCACAUACAGAUCUGGGCCUGAAUGGGAGAAGCGCUUUGGCAGGCAACGAGCAGAUCCCAGCAAGCCGCCUGCGCUCUGUCCGGACUUUCUGAUUGAAACAUAUCUCGACCACGCCGGCGAAAAGUGGUGUCUUGAGUACGAUGCCAACAGUCUGCUCUAUGUCAGCAAAGCGAUGGAUCUCUUCGACCUGGGUGCUCAGCUACAGGAAGCCACUGCCUCGCGACGACAAGCUAACGCCGACAAACUGCAGGGCGCCUUCUUAGAACAAGCCAAGCAAGACCGCUGCACUUUGAGCCUGCCAGACGAACCUUACGAAGAGCAAGAGUCGUCCGCCGACCUGAUGGCAUCCAACGUCUCAGACUCCGCACGCCCAAGCCAACCUUCUGCCGGUCCACCAGAAGAUCUCAUCAAGGGCCUCACAUCACUACGAGAUAUCCCAACAUUGGUACUCGGCGUCGCAUCAGAUAUACUAUUCCCAGCUUGGCAGCAGCGAGAGAUUGCAGAGACACUUCGCAAAGUCGGCAACCGUAGCGUCACUCACGUUGAACUUGGCGAGGAUCGAUCGCUUUUUGGACACGAUACGUUCUUGUUGGAUCUUGAGGGUGUUGGUGGAGAGAUUCGGCGGUUCUUGGGGUGA